CACUCUGCCAAUUGAAACUUAUCGUGGAAAUGUCGAGACCUUCCCGCUUUCAUUAUUCCAGAGUGAAAAAUUAAAAAUGGUUGUCUGGCUAGUCUUGCUUUUUCAUCACUUCUCUUCCAUAAACAAUAGAAGCAGCUCACGAACAAAUCAAUGUCUUCUUUUCUCAAAGAGCGUCCGAAAUCAGGUUCCAAAAACCCUAAAACCAAACGCAAUCGAAACCCUAACUCUCAUUCUUCAACGUCCUCACACAGUUUCCUAAUGGAACCAUCUCCGAAUUUGUUCCCAUCGAAGGGCGAGUUCUUGAGACUCGUUGCAGUUAUCGCCAUUGCUGCUUCGGUUGCGAUGGCCUGCAACUUUGUAGUCACUGUACUCAAUCGCCAGCCAAAACCCUUUUGCGAUAGCGGUGUAGAUUUUGAUGAAUCGCACUCUGAUUCCUGCGAGCCUUGUCCAAGUAAUGGGGAAUGUUAUGAAGGCCAGUUGGAAUGUGCCCGUGGCUAUAGAAAGCUUGGGAAGUUAUGUGUGGAAGAUGGAGAUAUUAAUGAAGCAGCUAGAAAACUUUCAAGAUUGGUGGAAAUACGUGUCUGCGAAGCAUAUGCUCAGUAUUUGUGCUAUGGAACCGGGACUGUUUGGGCUCAGGAAGAUGAAUUAUGGAAUCAUUUUGAUGAUGUCAAGUUGAUGGAGAAUAAUGGCUUGGAUGAUGCCAUAUAUAUGCAUGCAAAGAAAAGAGCGUUGGCAACCGUUGAUACAUUAUUGGAGACAAGGACAAAUAUUAAUGGGGUCAAAGAAGUGAAGUGUCCAGAGUUGCUAGCUGAACGUUAUAAACCAGUUACCUGUCACAUCCGAGAGUGGAUUGCCAAUUAUACUUUAGUUUUAUUGCCAGCUUUUGCAGUGCUUGCUGGAUGCACAUUGUUCCUGUUAAAAGUUCGCCAGAGACGGCGUCUGUCAGCUAGAGCUGAACAGCUUUACAACAAGGUAUGUGACAUACUUGAAGAGAAUGCAUUAAUUUCAAAGAGUGGAAAUGGUGAGGGAGAACCUUGGGUAGUUGCCUCAUGGUUACGAGAUCAUCUUCUUUCACCCAAAGAAAGGAAGAACACAUUGCUAUGGAAAAAGGUUGAGGAGUUUAUUCAGCAAGAUUCUCGCUUAGAUCAGUACCCAAAGUUGGUGAAGGGUGAAUCUAAAGUGGUGUGGGAAUGGCAAGUUGAAGGCGCAUUGAGCUCUUUGAAGAAGAGAAAGAAGGGUGAGGAAGGCAAAUUGAAAUCAAGUGAAGGCAUGAACUUAUCUUCUAAUCAACAAUGUUUGGGAUUGAAGGCUGGCGAGCUGUUAAACUGUUAAAUUUUGUCGGACAGUCAUGCUUUUAUGUUGUAAUUUCGUACCUUGGUAUUUUCUUCAUGCCUGUCCUCUUCUAGUCUGGUCGUCGAGCAACGGAAUUGUGACUCAUCCAGUAGGGGCUUGUGGUGAGCAGUUUCAGUAAACCAAUAUUCCAUGUCAUUGCAUCCUUCCUGGAUUUUGUUAGUUUUGUGCUAAAGAAAGAAGAAAAAGAAAGUGUACAUUUGACAUGAAGUGUUGUUAAUAAGUUGAAAAAGUCCACACUCUGUUCCACGAGCCCAAGCGAUGUAGUACCAAAGGGAGGAUAUUAUAAACUUUGAGUGUAUAGUUCACAUUUUUAGUGUUUAAAAGUGUGAUUAAGAUAUCUUUCUGAUGUGAAAUUUGGAAGUUCCUGAACAAGAAUCUAUAAGUUGUAUGGAAUCUGCUGCAUAACAAGAAUUUGGGGAUGCACUCAGUCAGAUAAACAUGAAGUUGAGUGAGAUGUACCUCUGUUCAUGACAGCUAAAUAGAGUGUGAAGGAGGCAUAAAUUGACAUGGAAAUGCAUAGCAGGCUCAUUUCUUAUUAGAUUAGUUUAAUGUUGCUUUCUACAUCCUCCUUGUUAUAUCAUAAUGUCAAUUCAUAUGCAUUUUGUAAA